GGUGCUAUGGUGCCGCCGCCGCUGUCACCGCCGCUCUGCACGCUGCCGCCCGGCCCCGGGCCCCCGCGCUUCGUGUGCUACUACGAGGAGGACGGGAGCGGGGCCGGCUUCAACCUCUGUGUGACGGACGCCGCGGAGCUCUGGAGCACCUGCUUCACGCCGGACAGCCUGGCGGCCCUCAAAGCCCGUUUCGGCCUGAGUGCGGCUGAGGACAUCAUCCCGCGGUUCAGGGCAGCCUGUGAGCAGCAAGCUGUGACUUUCACCCUGCAGGAGGACAGAGGAUCCCUGACCCUUUCAGGGGGGCCCUUGGCGCUGGACUUUGACCUCUCCAAGGUGCCGGGCCAGGAGGCAGCCUCCAGGUUGCAGGCACUGACACUGGGCCUGGCAGAGCGCGUCUGCAGCUUGGAGCGGCGGCUGGCAGCUGCGGAGGAGACAGCCGCCAGCCCCAGGAAGAGCCCCAGGCUGCUGGGGCCUCAGCUCUUCUUACCAGAUCCAGAUCCUCAGAGAGGUGGCGCUGGACCUGGAGUCAGGAGGCGGUGUCCGGGAGAGUCCCUCAUCAACCCCGGCUUCAAGAGUAAGAAACCAGCCAGUGGUGUAGACUUUGACGACCCCUGAAGGUUCAGCAAAAAGCGUGACCCUGCCAGGAGUCCACCUGUGCGGAGAGAGGCAGCCCCUGGAACACCACUGGAGACCCACCACCUCCACCUGCCUGUCCUGCUGCCUAGCAGGAACCAGAGUGCUCCUCGGGGCCCAUCCCCCAGCAAAUAAAUGGCUUUCUCAGGUG